CUUUGUGCAAGGACCUGCAGUCCUGGGAUGGAUAUUGGCAGGUUUUGAUCCCAUCUGCUAUGGGUUUAUCACUGAAAGCACCUUCAUUUCCUAAAUUCGGGAUCAUGUUGCUGGACAAAGGACAGCAAUACAUCUGAAAUUUGCAGUGGAGUCAUUUAGGUGAAUAGUCAAAAUGGAAUGUUGACUUUGUCUAUGAUACUAUAAAACUGGUAGAUUUAUAACCAUGAAUUACUGAUUUCCUUAUGAAAGAAGAAAUGCAGGGUGAGGCACUUCGCAAUGAUGCUGGUAAUGAGGAAAUCAUCCCUAAGGGAAACAGAAGUGCCCCACAGAGUCCCCUCAGGGAUACACUCCGUAGAGCUGCAGCUGCAGUGUCUUUUGAAGGCAAAACUGGGGAAGCCACCAUAGAGAGGAAGAAAAGAAAGAAGAAAGAGCCUCGUCCAGAAUCCAUUAUUGUGUAUCGGUCAGAUAAUGACAAGGUAUUAGAGGAUGAACAAGCAGAUCCAGAAAGUGGAGAGAAAAGUGCAGAAGAAGGCUCCAGAUUUCUUGGAACUCCAGUGUCUGAUGGAGGGUGGAAUAUGGCCCAUGACAGUCGCUAUGUUACAUUAACUGGUACCAUCACUCGUGGGAAAAAGAAAGGCCAGAUGGUGGAUAUCCAUGUGACCUUAACCGAGAAGGAGCUUCAGGAGCUGGCUAGAUCCAGGGAACCUUUACAAGAAGAAACAACGGAAGGAAAGAAGACUUGUUCAGUCAGUCUGGACCGAGGUCCACAUAUUCUUAUUUGGACUAUUCUCUGCUUACCUAUAGUGUUUGUUCUGUCUUUUGUGCUCUCUUUUUAUCAUGGGACCAUUACCUGGUACAAUAUUUUCUUAGUCUAUAAUGAAGAAAGAACUUUCUGGCACAAAAUCACAUUUUGUCCUUUCCUAAUUAUUUUCUAUCCUAUUAUCAUUGUUGCGCUGUCUCUGUCCCUGGGUCUUUAUACAGCCAUCACCCAAAUAUCCUGGUCAUUUGGGGAGUGGUGGCGUGCUGUGAGGGACAUGGAGAAAGGUUUCUGUGGCUGGCUCUGUAGCAAAUUGGGUAUGGAGGACUGUUCUCCAUACAGUAUUGUUGAGCUUCUGGAUUCAGAUACUGUUUCUGGCAGCCUGUCUGCAAAAGGAUCUACACAGGCAGUGGAAACUUCAGCAGUAUGAGAAAUUAUUUUUAAUUUAUAUCACAUGGUCAGGUGAAUUAAGGAGAAGUAUUGGACAGUUGGUGUAUCAUUUUUUUAUUGUUACUACUGAGCUCUUCUGCCUUGUGCCAUAAUGGUAUAUGCCUGGAAAACUAGUAAUCAUUACUUGCUAUAAUGAAUUUGUGUUUGGUUAUCACAGGGUUCAGGAAUAUCCUAAUGGUUUGCAGGAUUAUAAAUAAGACUGUCAUUAUUCAACUGUGAUUUUAUCAUUACUUGUAUAAAGGGCCCCAUUGUUAUGUAAUUACUAAGUUGUGAGUGAAUAAGAGUUGGUUUCCUAUGAUAAUCAUCUGAUCUCUGUAUCGGAUCCCUAGUUGCAUGAUGAGUAUAUAAGGACACUAGAUACCUUCCAUGUUUCACAAUGUCUUAAAAAAUAGUUUAAUGGUUUACAAGUGUGAGUUAUACUACUGAGAAGAAAUUUAUAGAGAGAAAACUGGUUUUCUUUAACAAAUACCUAACAACAACAACAAAAAACUAUAAAGCUUUAUUAUUUUGUGAAAAUGUAAUGAUAUAGCAAAGAAAGCCUUGUAGUGAUGGGUUUGAGGUGCUGGUCAUAAGUCGUUCAUGCAAUUACAAAAGAAAUCUGUGAACUUUAUUUUAAGAAUGAAAAUACAUGUAGUUGUUACUCUGCAGCUGCCUCUGCAAUUUAACUAAAAACAACGUUUAUCAUAAGAAAGAUCUUAUCUUUUUAUUCAGUUCGGGUGAGGUACAAAACAAACCUAAUAGAGUUACUGCCAUAUAUUUCAUCCACUGAAGCAUUUCCCGAUUAAACCAUAAUUGAUUCUUUUAGUUUUACUUGCAGACUGGUUGUUAAAGGGAUAUGAAGCCCAAUUUUUUUUUCGUUCAUGAUUCAGAUAGAGCAUGCAAUUUUAAGCAACUUUCUAGUUGACUGCUAUUAUCAAUUUUUCUUCGUUCUCUUGGUACCUUUAUUCGAAACAGCAGGAAUGUAAACUUAGGAGCCAUCCCAUUUUUGGUUCAGCACCUGGGUAGCGCUUGCUGAUUGGUGGCUCCUAAGCUUACCUUCCUGCCUUUUGGAAUAAAGAUACCAAGAGAACGAAGAAAAAUUGAUAAUAGGAGGAAAUAAGAAAGUUGCCUAAAAUUGUAUGCUCUAUCUGAAUUGUAAAAGAUAAAAAUAAAAAAAAAUCGGGUUUCAUAUCUCUAAAAGAUGAGAUGCUGAAUAAAGAACCUUUCUUAAGACCAUAGUCUUCAUUACUCCUAUUGACUAUUUUAUUUUUUAAAUAGGUUAUGAUAAAAAUAAAGUUUAAUGUUAAAUACACAAAACAAUGGAUCUGCAGUUUACUAUUUAUGUAAGCCUCCUUCAAGGGCAAUGUGCUGUGUCCAUCUUACAAUAAUUUUUUUGUAUAUCAAAGCCUGAUAUAGAGUUUGAGUGCUCAGAGAGACACAUACGAUCAGAGGAACUCCUGUUAUUAAGACUGCUAAAUAUGUAAUUGCAAUCAGAGUCAGGGACAGUCCUGAUUUUUGGACUUCUGCCUCCUGCUAUAAUUGCUUUAGGAUUCUGCCCCACAUUGUAAAAAUUUGCCUUGAGCUAUAGGCUUAGUAUGGAUGUUUGAGGGAAUCAGACAAAGACAUUUAGAUUUUUUGAUAAAAACAAUAGGCCCAUCAAGCCUACACAUACUUCCUAUAAAUUGUAUGCUUAAAGGGACAGUCAAGUCCAAAAUAAACACUUUCAUGAUUCAAAUAGGGCAUGUAAUAUUAAACAACUUUCCAAUUUACUUUUAUCACCAAUUUCGCUUUGUUCUCUUGGUAUUCUUAGUUAAAAGCUAAACCUAGGAGGUUAAUAUGCUAAUUUCUUAGACCUUGAAGACCGCCUCUAUCUAAAUGCAUUUUGACAGUUUUUCCUUACUAGAGGGCUUUAGUUCAUGUGUUUCAUAUAGAUAACAUUUAGCUCAUGCAUGUGAAUUUACUGAGUGAGCACUGAUUGGCUAAAAUGCAAGUCUGUCAAAAGAACUGAAAUAAGGGGGCAGUCUGCAGAGGCUUAUAAUUACAGAGGUAAAACGUGUAUUAUUAUAACUGUGUUGGUUAUGCAAAACUGGGGAAUGGGAAUUAAGGGAUUAUCUAACUUUUAGAACAACAAAAAUUCUGGUGUUUACUGUCCCUAUAAUUCAUUUAUAGGAUAGCCUUGUGCUUAUCCCAGUGAAUUUUGCAGACGUGAGGUCUUUGAUAGUAUUAUGCACAUAUUUAUUUGCUUAUUGUGGAUGCUGGACCUACUGCACUUUACAUUAAAAUGGCAGCAUAAUUAAAACAAUAUAUUUAAUUCAGUGAAUUAGCAUCUUAUUGAAAAUUUGGAACUUUAAUAAUGUGUCCCCUUAUGCUGUAUACAGUACCCUCCUUAAUAAAAAAAAAAAAAUGUUAAUUAAAAGAAAUUCACAUUUUUGAUAAAAAGGUUUAUAUUGUCCGGGUAUUUGUAGGGUUUAUAGAAAAAUAACACAAAAUAUGGUAGGAAAUCAAUUAAUAUCAGGCCGGAUUGCCCUGUUACAAAUAUUGCCCUGUUUAGUGGAUUGAUAUAUACAAUUUGACUAUAUAUAGACCAAAAUGUCUGAGGUGUGACAAGCUCACAAACUCUCUGCAACUGUACUACUGUAACAUUUGUCUGUGCAGUUAUGAAGCAGUGGUCUAAAGACUGCUGCGCCAUAACCUGUCUGCCUGCUUUGAGGAGGCGGAAAGACAUUGCCGCAAUUCAACCCGAUUGAAUACGAUUGGGUUGAUUGGCACCCCCUGCUAGCAGCCAAUUGGCCGCAAAUCUGCACGGGGCGGGGUUGCACCAGAAGUUCACAAGAGCUGGUGGUGCAAUGCUGAAUGAAUUCAACGAGGUCUGUAGGACAUGAACUGCAAUGUCGGAUCAUGUCCGACAGGCCAUUAAUAAAUAGGCCCCUAUAUCUAUUGUUGCUUUGGUAGAAUCCAAACAUCUAUUGUUGCUUUGGUAGAAUCCAAACGUGCACAGUGAUUAUCUGCUGGAGCAUGCCUAGAAGCUGUGAAGUCAGUUGAAAUACAAUGCUUCUGUCUAAACACUGAUAAGGGGGGUGGAGCAGACUGCUCCAGACAGCAUAGCUAUUUAAGUAUUUUUGCUUAAUUUUGAAAAUUAUUUUAAAAUACUUGCCAGCAAUUUUUUAACAAUUUUUUUAUGCAUACUAUUUUUUUACUUAAUUAGCUUUUUUAGUAUAUGCACAAAUCUCAACAUGUUUAAUGGCAAUUUAAUGUAAAAGUACUUUAUUAAUAAACUCAUCAAACCAUAUGUCACAACAUAGGCCUAGUUUCCCUAGAGGUGGUAAAGUUUGGAAACUGGUGGUAAAAACAUUUAUCUCUAUUAAAGUCUAUGGAGAAUGUUUGUUACCACCAGUUUUCAAACUUUACCACCUCAAUAGAAACUAGACCAUGGUGUGUACUUCUUUAAUUGUUUUUUUUUUGUUUGUUUGUUUUUUUAAAGAGGUCCUUCUUGUUGGAAGUUGCUUAAAAAUGUAUGCUCAGAAAAAAAUAAAAAAUAUGUUCUAUCUGAAUCAUGAAAGAAAACAUUUGGGUUUUGUGUUACUUUUUUAAAUACAUAGAGCUCCAACAAGCAGGAUAUGUUAAACAAACAAACAAAAAAAACAUUUAAACAAGUACACACCAUUUCAGGUGAGUACUUUGUUGUGACAUAUGGUUUGAGGAGUUUAUUAUCCCAUUUCAUGUCCCUUUGAGUUUUGCCCUACCUGUAGAAUAAAUACAUCAGGGGAGGUUUAGUGAAGAGAAGUGCUUGUCUUAUUCUCUAAUAAAGAGACUUUCACUAUUUUCAUUGGCCCAAACUUUAACACUGUCAACAAUCUGUGUAUAUAAAAAUGCACAGAAACUUUAUUUAUUGGUUUUAAAGGAGAACUGUGACAUUAAAGUGACUAUAAACAGCUUGUAAUUACAAGACAUUUCUGCCAGAGCUAAAUAUUGUUACAACAAAUUAGCAUUUCUACCCACCAUUUGCCUUAUUUGGACAAGCCACAAUGCUAGCUAUGGUCAUAAUGUUAGUAUAAAGUGAAUUGUUUAACAGUUGCUACCAUUUAAAACCAAUUAAGGAUAUAUGUAGCAGGGUUAUUCUUGAUAAAUCAACAGGGUGCAGUUCUAAGAAUUAGAAAAUCCUCAAUUUUUAGAGCUUAAUUACAUACAAAGGGGCAAAAUAAAUAUAUUACAAUAACACAUUUAUUUAAUGUUUAUCAAAUGGUCUACACCUGGCAUGCAGACAAUGUUACAGCAAUGUGCCAAUAAAUAUGCAAAUAUGUAAAUAUUUAAUCCUUUUGUUUAUGUGCACAAAUGAAACGUUAUCAUCUAAAUGCUCAUGUAUGGGUACAACAAAUUAUUUAGAGGAUUAAAACUUUAAUUAUAAAAUUACUCAAUUAUAUGAUUUAUUUUUAAUUGCUUACACGUCAGGAAUUGAUAUUAUUGGUAAAGUGAACAGUCAUUAUCUAUAUUUAAUUAAUUAUCUGUCAUGAUUUACUUUUGGUUUGGUUGUGAAACUUUUACUUCAAUGGAAGUCUCUGAAAAUCCUUAAACUGACUUAUAAAUUAUAUGCUGCUUACUAAAAAAAAAAGGCCAGAAUUAUGAAAUUCUGUAGUUGUGUAGCUCCAAUAAUAUUACUGUCCCUUUAAGAAGCCAACAAUGUGCCUUUGUCUAAUAGCCUUGCAUUUGUUUAUUUUUGUGCAUCUCCAAAGUCAUGAAAAUUGCUUGCAAACCCAGGACGAUCAUGUACCCAAGUCUGGUAUUUCUUCAGAUUGAUUUCGCAGUUUCAUUAAUUGAUUAGAAUAGCUUUGAAAUAAUAAAAAAAAGUAAGCACCUGAGCUGCUAUACAUUUUUUUUUUUUUUCUGUAUGAAUUCAAACACGUUGUAAUGGAGCCUUAGUUUGAGUUUUCUUAAUACAGGGAUUACAAAGAGCAAAAAUAACAGUCAACCAUUGCAAACCA